AUGGAGCCAGAAGACUCCUUGUAUCAGAACUUGAACCGCCUUGGGAAAGAACGUGCUUGGGUGGAAGACGAUGAGAUGAAAGAGGAGGCGGAGGACGAGGAGGAGAAGAAGGUGGACGACGAGGUUGUCAAAGUGCCGUUCAGGAAGAUGGAAGCUGAUGACGAUGGCGAAGACGAAGGAGAUGUGGUGGAUGUCUUGAAAGUGGUGUCGCCAGUUAUGGUCCAAUUUCCUGAUUCAAAAGAAAAGACAAGACUCUCAGUGCAGGUCGUGCUGGUGGUGCUGGUGGUGCUCUCGGACCAUGUGGACGAUGAUCGUGUCGACUCAGAUACUCCCAACGACGACGAUGGAGUCGUGCUGCUGUUCGAGUAUCCCGUGGGGGUUGGCGGCGCGGGGAAGUAUUGUCUCGCUGCACGUCGACGGUGUUGGCGGGACAGUAACAGUCGACGGGAUGCUGCUGCUUGUUUCCCUUGUGGUGACCGUGCUGCUGUGCUGAUGUCGCCGCCUGGUCUGGGGUGGUCCGUAACUGUGGAUGAAACGGGCUCGUCCGAGGAACUCGCCGCCCUGCUUGAAGUCGAGGAGCUACCGGCUGCGGCGGUAGUGCUCGUGUCACUAAAAGACGGCGCUGUAUUUGGAGUAUCCGACGUGUUUCCCCUGCCUGAGAGAGAGCUUGGUUCCCUGCCAGACAACGAACUUGUCUGUCCGGUGCUUUGUGUUGACGAGUUUGUGAAUGCAAAGGACGACGUAGUGCUCGAGUACGGGUUGAUCGUCUGUGACACCGUGACGAUAGUCACAGAGACUGAUACCGACACUGAUAUGGACGUCGAACUUGUGGACUCGCUCUCGGUGGUGCUCAUCGAGUCCGCGCUCGUGACAGAAGAUGUACUUGAAUCGCUGCUUGAUGGUGCCACGUUACUGCCCGUCGAGUUUGUGAAAGGAGGUAAUGAUGACUCGGAAGAAGGCGCAUCUGCGCUCGUGCCACUGUUCGUAAUGCUUGUAACGCUUGUCGCAGAUGAUCUACUCGAGCCAGACUCGAUGGACAUCGUUGAUCCAGGUGUCGACGCUGAUGGUCCUGAAAUGGUGGAAGUACCAGAAAUAGAGAGUGCUGAGGAACCACCAAAUGCCGAGGAUGAGACCUCCGAAACACUUCCGCCACCGGAGUCACUCGCUGGCAAUGUGGCGCUGCUAGCAAUUGCCGUGCCUGGAUCAGACGAGAAGUCCGUGCGGGUUCCAGUCGGCGAGGGAGCUGUGACAUUGGCACUCGCAGACAGGCUGCCGCUUCCUCUACUGGUCGGGGUGAUUUGCGGAACUGAAAAUGAUGAACUUGUUGUUGAAGAGGCAAGAGGACUCGAGAAACUGCUUAGUCCCGUGCUGCUGGAGGCAGUAUUGGGAGCAACAGACACAGUCAUGGAAAUUGUGUUUCUCGUCAAAAGCGAGCUGCUCGUGCUGCUAAUCGAAGAAUUGGAAAUUGAGCCCGUUGCGGAGGAAGUUUGGAUUGCCGAUACUGUGACGAUCGCUGGACUUGUUGUUGGUCCAGAAGAAGUAGUACCCGACGGAGUGAUGGCGACGUUACUCGACUCAACUGAAUCCGACAAAGUCCGUGAUGACACUGAACCGGUUGCAUUGGUAAUUGACCCUGCGCUUCCAGAUGAUAUGAAACUUCCCGAUGGCAGGGACGUAAACCCGGACAGAGAUGCUGUGCUUGUUGUGAGACCUCCAGUGGAGAUAAUGGAGUUGAGGAUACUCGAUCGUGUGGACACAAAGCUGAGGCCCACCCCAGAAGUGCUCAGCGCAACAGACGAGCCCGUGGUUGUGGGCAAGCUGGUCGAACUGGAGGUUAGGAGAGCAGAAGAAGAAUUGGCAGUGCUCGAGGUGUUAACAAAGGACGAUUGCGGCCCUGCUGAUGAGCCCGUGUUUGUCAAGGAGACCGUCUGUUCACCCGACGAGGUCGCUGGCUGCUGGGACUCUGUGAUUGUCCAAGUCCAAUGGAUGAGGACAGAGUGGUGUUCACAACAUUACUCGUCGCGGUACCACUACCUGAUGAGCCACUCGAGAACGAAGUUUCAAGACUUGGCAAGCUUCUGCUGGAUCGGUCCUGCCGAAGCUGUUGCAUUGGACAGAGGAAAGGGCACGGAAAAGGACACAGAGUUGCUCGAGAACCCUGGCGGAGUGGGUGACGAUGCCACUGAAGUAGUAUUCGUGUAUGUCGAACUUGUGCUCUCGGAACCCGCAGUUGACCUGCUCGUAGUCACUGCCGCUGACGAAUUGAGAUAUACGGACGGUGACAAGCCACUGCUCCAGGUCAUAUCUGAUGAUGAUCCUGAGCUUCGAGUCUCUGAGACAAGCAGCGUGCUUGACCAGUUGCCAGAGGCUCCAGAAACCGUCGUGGGCCGCGCGCUGCUGAUAUCAACAGGCGUCAGAGUUGGGCUGCUGCUCGACACGUUCGUCAACCAGACCGAGGUCCACACGGAACCGCUGCCACUUCCAACCAACGUCCUGGUGACAUUCGCCCCAGUCCAAGGAGGAGAUGGAAAGACGUCGGUAAUUGUGAUGAUUGGAUUCGAUGCUGUGAAAGUGAUGUUUGACGAUGGGCCAUUACUCGCCAAUGUCGAUGUCCAGGCACCACCACUCCCGGAGCUCGGCAGUGUGGUGAUAUUCUCAGUUGGCCAUGAGAAUGGUGGGAACACGCUGGUUAUGACCGUCGGCGUUGGGCCUGUAAAACUUAUGGUCGCUGCGCUAGAACUGUUGGUGAUCCAAGUGGACGUCCAAGGGCUGCCAGUCCCUGUACCUGUCAGUGUUAAAGUCGCAUUGGCAUUUGGCCAGGAGAACGGCGGGAAAUUGCUCGCUACGACAGAAGGGCUAGUGCCAGUCACCGAAGGAUGGGUUACCAGAGAUCCGUUAGCGCUCCAUGCUGAUGUCCACGCACUGCCAGAAGCGGUACCGGUAAUUGUGGUAGUAUUCUCAGUUGGCCAGGAGAAUGGAGGGAACACGCUUGUGAUUAUGGUCACCUGCGGGACAGUAUAUGUCACGUUGGACGGACUCGACCCGUUGCUGAUCCAAGUAGAUGUCCACGAUCCCCCCAUUCCGGUGCCUGUGACCGUGGUGGUAGUGUUUUGGCUUGGCCAAGAGAAAGGUGGAAAGACGCUGGUCACGACUGUUGGUAAACUUAGGGUUGAUGUGACGUUCGCAGUCAGCGAUGCGUUAUUGUAG